AUGGAUUCAGCUAAUAACAUCAAAGAUACCUCAACACCUAAACGUCGGCGAUUAAGUAAAACGGAAAUUGUGCGAUUAACUAAAUUUAGUCAAGAAUCAAACUCAUUAGUAAAUUGUAGCCCAAUUAGAUCUGUAAUCAAUGAAGAUGAGGUUGGUGUUGUAGAAAGAUGUGAUUCUCCACAUUUGCCGUGUAAUCAAGUUGAAUUCUUGUAUGAAUCAAAUAAUAAUGGUUCUUAUAGUGAUAUUCGAUGUUCACCCGCCAAUUUAACGAAUCAAUUAAGUCAAUGUCAAUCUUUAAGUGUGCAAUCAGAGAAAUUAAGUGAAAACAAUAAACAAACUAGUGUAAUUAAUCAAAAUACAGGUAUAUUAAAAGAAAUUGAGGAUAUUUCAGAUGAUAUGUUUGAUUCUAAGUUGGAACAAUCUGUGCAUAACCAUGAAGAAAAGAAGUUCAUAGAUGAGAUAGAGGAAAGUUUUGACUUAAUUAAUGAAUCGAUAACAAACCUUCAUGAUGCAAUGAAGAAUAAAAGUGAUUUAUUUGAAACUAGGGACUCCUUCCUAUUAGAUAUUAAGGAAAGUUGUGUUGAAAGACAUACUCCAAAUGUAGAUCAAGGAAAAGUUAUAGGAAAACAAGAAUCAUUUUCUAGUACUAGUUUUUAUGGUCUUCCAUUGAUAACCAAAGGCUUAUUUAAGACUUACAGAAAUAUAGAAAAGUUUUAUGACUGGCAAGAAGAGUGCUUAAACUUAAAUGCAAUAAAGAAAAGACAAAAUCUUAUCUAUGCUUUGCCUACAAGUGGAGGCAAGACUCUUGUUGCUGAGGUGUUGAUGCUAAGGGAAGUACUGAAUAGAAAAAAAAAUGCAUUGUUUAUAUUACCGUUUGUAGCUAUCGUGCAGGAAAAGAUAUGGUCACUAUCACCCUUCGCAGUACAAUUAGAGUUUUUGGUAGAAGAAUAUGCUGCUGGCAAGGGUCAUAUACCACCUAAAAAGAGACGAAAGAAGAACAGUAUCUAUGUAGCCACUAUUGAGAAGGGACUAGCUCUAGUCAGGAGUUUGAUAGAGCUAAAUAGACUAAAUGAGAUUGGUCUUAUUGUGGUCGAUGAACUACAUUUAAUAGGCGAAAAGGGUAGAGGUGGGACACUAGAAAUGUUACUUUCAACUGUAAUAUUCACCAAUCAGGACAUUCAGAUAGUAGGCAUGAGCGCUACGAUAGGAAACCUGCACGAGAUUGCGAAGUUCCUUCGAGCGGAUGUCUUCCAGAGACAGUUUCGUCCAGUGGAAUUGGUGGAGUACGUGAAAUUAGGCAACAUGUUGCACAGAAUACAGUGGGGGGAGGCUGGAGUCGAAGUUAUACCGGAUAGAGAACUUGUUUAUGACUAUUCUGCUGCUGCCGUAAACUUGGAUCCAGAUCUCCUCGGUGGUCUGGUGUCGGAGGUGGUUCCAGAUGGCAGUUGUCUCGUGUUCUGCCCCACAAAACGAAACUGCGAGAAUGUUGCCGCGCUACUCUGCAAGUUGCAGAGACGGGAGAUGACGUCACACCGUACAUCAGAGCGUGAAGCUUUAGAGCGCGGUUUGAGGGCCGAAGGGGCGAGCGCGGAGUUGUCCCGCGCGGUGCGAUACGGGGUCGCGUACCACCACGCGGGACUGUCUUCGGACGAGCGAGUGCUACUUGAGCAUGCCUUUAGGUCGGGCGUGAUAUCGGUGCUGUGCUGCACGUCGACCCUGGCGGCGGGAGUGAACCUGCCCGCGCGCCGCGUCAUCGUGCGCGCGCCCUUCGUGGGCACGGCGCUGCUGUCGCUCGGCGCCUACCGACAGAUGGCGGGCCGGGCCGGACGCGCCGGGGUCUGUAGCACCGGUGAGAGCAUAAUAAUAUGCGACGCUCGCUCGUGGUUGCAAUUAAGCGACGUGCUACGCGGCGGGCUCGCGCCUGCCCGUAGCGUGCUACGCGGCGGGCUACACAGCUUGCUCCUGAGCGCCGUAGCACUCGGGCUCGCCACGAGCGUGCAGAAGCUACGGGAGCUGUUGCAGUGCACGCUCUUGGCUAUCACGGAGAAUGACGAAAAUUGGUCCCUUGACUCAAUAUGUGACGAUGUCGUUCAGUCUCUGGUCAAGUGUGGUGCCUUGGAAGUGACCAGGUGCCGUACUUUUGACAGCUCACCCCCCUCCGACUCGGCCCAUGUACACAGUUAUCUGAAUGACAAUAGCCAACUCACUGUGAGCAAGCUGGGCAAGGCGGCGAUAAAAGGUUGCAUGGAUUUGUCAGUGGCUCGCCAGCUACUUGAAGACCUAGAGGUUGCCGCCAGAGGCCUCGUGUUGAUGGGCAGUCUGCACCUGCUGUACCUAGUGACUCCUCAUGACGCGGCCUCCUUGGUCAGACCUGACUACAGACAUUAUUAUUCUCUGUAUUGUAACCUUGACGAGGAAGGCGUUCAAACAGCAAGAGUCCUUGGCAUCACUGAAAUGAAUGCUGUCAGAAUGAUGACUGGAAAAGCUAUUACUAAUGUUCCUGAGAAAGUGUUGUGUCGGUUCUACUUGGCGCUGAUGUUGCACGACUUGUGGAAACAAGUUCCGUUUGUGACCGUUGCGAACAAGUACUGCAUCCCUCGCGGCACGGUCCAGUCGGUGAUGGCGUCGUCCUCGGCCUUCGCGUCGUGUGGCGUGCGGUUCUGCUCGGAGCUGGAGCGGCUGUGGGCCUUCGGCGCGCUGCUGGCGGAGCUGGCCCCGCGCCUGCAGCACUGCGCCGACCCGGGCCUGGCGCCGCUCAUGGAGCUGCCCGCCGUCAAGAAGGCCCGUGCCCUGCAACUGUCUCGCGCAGGGUACAAGCGAAUAGAAGACCUGGCGAAGGCUUCCGUGGACGAGCUCAUGUCGGGAGUGUCGCACCUCUCCAGGACCAGCGCCAACCAGCUCAUCAGCGCGGCCAGGAUGAUGCUGAUAGAGAAAGUGGAGAACCUUCGCGCUGAAGCCGAAGAUGUAAUGGAAGAACUUAAUGCGUAA